AUGUCCCUCAGUAGCGGUAACAGUAGCACAUCGAGUAUGAGCAGUACUGCUUCGAAUAGCUCAGAUUCGUAUGGUCUUAGUUUGGUAUGCCCGAAUGUUUUGGUAACGGAACGCUCGAAUCGUAAACGAACACACAGUGUUAGCAGAUUAACGCUACAGUCGGGUCAAGUGGCUUCGAUGCAUAUGACAGCUUAUUGUUUCGAUGUUAUAUACGCCGCGCUUCGCAACCUUCAGGCGCCCAAAGUUCCUCAGUGUAUUCCCAACGAUAAAUAUCCGUUAUUCGUGACGUGGAAAAAGGGAUACGAACGACGACUUCGUGGAUGUAUCGGCACAUUUAGUAAUCUUGUUUUACAUAAAGGCCUUCAUGAAUAUGCCAUUAUCAGCACUAAUUUUGGUGUAAGUUUACGACUGGUACGCAAAAAUAAAUUGCAGCAUGCUGUGUGUGAGAAAUUAGUGAAACUAAUGUCCGAGGAAAUGGAUUGUUUUGCCAGCCUUUUGCUACCUCGUUCAGUAAAUUGUGUUUCAUAA